UCGAGGACGGACGGUGAGGAAGAGGAGAGACAAGAUGAAGACUGAAGGUCGAGCGCAGUCAGGCCCGCGUGAUGACAUGUUACAGAGAAAAGACAGUGAAUCUCCAGCUAAUGACACUCAUCAUGGCAGUGACGGUUCUCUCCCGCACAAGGACAGCAUGUGUGCCACAGACACACCAAACAAAAACCUGGAGAAUAAAGUCAAAGAGAAGGUGUCUCCAUCAGACGCUCUCAUCAGAAGACACAAACACAGUGAUGUUAAGAAGAAGAGUAAAGCUGACAGAUCAUUUCCAUUGACUGCUCCUCAUAACUAUAAAGCCUAUCAGCUCUACACACUUUACAGAGAUCAAGACGGAAAAAUCAUGCAGGACGGUGGCAGAUAGCACUCUCCCUGGGCAGCUGGAGGUGCAUGUUGAUGGCCUGUGUUGCUUGCUGCUGUCGC